CCAAUUGGUGGGAGUUUGAUUGAUUUUUAAGUGGCAGGAUUUAGCAGCUUGCGCACACUUUACAUCACGUUAACCCAACCUCGAGCACGUUUACGCUCCAUAGUCUAGUCCUACUGGCAGCUGAGUCAGUCAAACAGCCCUUUUGGCGCGCGUUUGGUCAUUUAUCAGACCAAUUUAGAAUUCUAAUAGCUGUGUAAGACUCACGCACAGAAUACUAAGCCUUGUUAGAAAAAUUCCGAAUUCUCGUAUUCAACGUUUGUCAUCCACUUUAGGCUUCCAAGAAUCUGACUUGCAACAUCUGAUUGCUGCUUUAUGAGGUUUUGGCGUCCACGAUGGCUUCGCAGGCAAUUUUCACUAAGAAGCUUCGUGCUUGUUAUUCCUUUGACCUGUGCUUUAUUUUUGAUGGUGGUUAGUCAGAUCUCGUGGACACCUCGACAAGCAAUGGCUAAUAUAGCAUUUAACCGAGUUUUUGAAGACUCUUUUGGGAACGUUCUUCACGUCCAAGGAAAGAUGGUUGACCUCAAAGAAGACUACAGCAGACUGGUCAAACCUCGGCGAAAAAGGCAUAAAAGACGUCAUCAGAAUUUAUCGAAACCGAAAAGAAAACCUCAGACAGUUUUAACUGAAGAAAAUCAAAGCAAUAAUAGACAAAUGACUCGCGUAAAAACCGUGAAGCCUAGCUCCAGCUUCGGCUUAUGGGACAAAGACAGAGUCGUUAACUUAUCUCAUGUAUAUUUGGAAACCAAUGAGAAACGUUUCAAUAGUCAGAAACUUUGUGGGGAGGGCUGGCAAGAGAACUAUGCAGUCGUACAUGAUGAAAUACUCAACUCCAUACGCCCUCGAAAAUUCCUGGUUUAUUCCUGCAAAGGAAAAGGCUACGGUUGUGCGGGAUACGGCAAUCGAAUUGGCGGGAUUUCAUCCUUGUUUCUUCUAGCGGUUCUUACGAAAAGAGCUUUUCUCAUAGACUGGAAUGAUCCAGCCCCACUAGCACUAGAAAACUUUCUCUGGCCAAAACGAAUCAAAUGGAAUUAUACUGUAGCAAAUUUAAAAGGCCUUGAAUCUAGGACUCAUUACUGGGGCAAAGGGUUGCCAAAAAACUUACAUCAGAAAGACUUCGAAAAACCUGGUAAUUCUUACCCGGAUUUUGCGCGUUGGUUUCGUAAUGUUGAUUUUAACAGCUAUUUUAACCGACCUGUAGAGGUGAUUACCGCUACUUGGAAUUUUGCGCAAGAGAUAUGGUCAAACCCUUACCUCUCUCAAUUAGCCGAUGAGAUGGGAAUUAUAUUCCCUCCUUUAAAAUACCUUCUCGUAGGAUGCUCAUACGAAUUUCUAUUCCAAAGAUCUCCCGAACUGGAUAAUAAGUUAUCAAAGAUCAAAAAUGCAAGCUUUGAGGAGGGUACGCCCGUGAUUGGCUUGCAUAUUAGAAUGGGCGAUGUUGCAUUUGGUAGAAAACGUCGUGUCAAUACGAAAAACUUCGAGAGCUUUUUCAAUUGUGCGCAAGUGGUGGAGAAGUCCAUCGUUAAGUCUAAUCCCAACCUAAAAAGUUCUGAUAUAAAAUGGUUCUUAGCCACUGACCACGUUGCGGUCAAAGAAUAUGGUUUACAACGAUAUCCUGGCAAAGUUCUCACAUUGGAUGUGGAGCCAGAACAUAUCGGAAUCUUCCAGAAACAACGAUUUCCAACUUACCAAGGAAUGUUGGGAGUUUUCCUAGAUCAUUUCUUACUGGCUGAGUGUUUUUUCCUCAUUUUGUCCAAUAGUACUUUUGGGACGUCGGCGCUUGGCAUCAAUUACCAUGGAAUGAGCUCUUUUACCUUUGGAGAAAGCUGUGGUAUUGUGAAACAUAAAGUCAAAAACGAUAUUCACUGAUUUUAACUACUUGCAGACUUAAUUCUUAGAACUUUAAAUCCUGCUUUAUUUGCAUUGACACUGAGGAACUCUCAUUGACUACGGUGAGACGGUACUACGGCGACAGGAAGCGAAGAUCAAAUUCGGUGGCCGCAUGAAGCGCUUUGGUUCGUUCUAGUUGGCAUUUCCCGCCAUAGAGUUACUGUAUUCCAUUACUGUAUAUACGCUUCGUUGUGCGCUUUACCACUAAUUCUUAAUUGUUUUAGUUUGAACGGGAAAAUGCCGUGGCCACUCUAUUCUCUACCAAUGCAGCCGUAGCAGCACCGCGACAUGAUCUAUAUUGAAGUACAUAACGAACUGCGGCAACAAGGGUAGUAUAAAAACAUUCAAUACACCUGCAAAAUUAAUCCUUUAUUUAUUCAUAGUGAACGAGCAAUCGCACGGUAACGAUGACGUAGCCGGCUUGUAGUGUGCGAGCACACUGAAGACUGAUUACAACUUUUUGGUUCAGAGGAUUGUGGGCUCCUAUUAUUGGCAUUCGGUAAAACUGUUACACGCCAAACAAGCUCUACUUUGCUACGUCGUCGGCGACAAAUUUCAUGCGGUGUCGCGAGAAAAAUACAAAGCCCACUUUAAAAAAACCCAUGCGAUAUCGCUUCUCCGAAAUCAGUCCCACAAUCCUUUGCGCGAACCAUUAGAUCGUAACCAGUCUUUCCCUGACCUUUGGGAUAUAAUUGGAAUAGGCCCUCUUACGUUGAUACAAGAAGUGAUUAAAUAUAUUACAACUA